ACGUUUUCUAUUAGAAAUGUCAAGGAGGAACUUAAGAAUGAUCAAAAGAGUGAAAGUGUCAAGUGAGGGAGGAAAGACGGAAACUUUAUAAUAUUUUAAUUUACUGAACAAAUACUUAGAUGCUAUAUUGCAUACGAUAAUUUUGACGAGAUAUAUUAUCGUGCAAUACAUUCUUAUCCUCAUAAGAAAAAGCAAUAGUAUUCAACCAAAUACAUGUUUUGUAUUAUGGUUUAUUAAUUAUUGUAGAUACAAAACGUCGCUUGAUAAAGCAUCGUUGGCAUACUUUUUGGAGUGAUUAAAAGUGAGAAAUUGUGUUACACCCUAUCAGAGAAAUGGCUACACGGAAAAGAAGCGGUUCUGGGUCUAAAAGACACCUGAAGGAGAAAGUUGUACAAAUCUAUGAGUCUUUCUUUAGAGGUGAAGAUUUAACCACAGAUAAUGCCACAUUCUGGGAUGAAUUCUUUCUCCUCAAGCCUAAAAUUCCACAACUUGAAGCUGAAAUUCACAAGCUGUCUGUAGAACAACUCAUGAGCAUGAAAGAUAGUAUGAAUUUACUUGUAUCACAAUGUAUUGAAAUGUUAGGGCAGGAACAUCAUAUAAGAUUGGUGUAUGCACUUCAAACUCUCAGUGCUCUUUUAAUAACAAUGUACCAAAGAGCUGCCCAAGACUCUAAUAUCAAUGUUAAAACAGUUUUAAUUGGAUCAGAUAAUCCUGACAUGAAAAUGCAAAAGUUGUUUGAACAUUGUAACACCAUUUUAUCAGGUGAUGUUCCAGACAGUUUAAAGUCAAUGGUUCUAAAGCUCCUUUUAGUAAUAGCAACAGGCCUUGACAACAUAGAUGAAAAUCCUCUGGUUGAGUAUUUUAUGCAGAACUCAUUGUUUGAGUCCCUAAUACAACUACUUUGCACCUCCACAGAGAGACAACACCAUGGGUAUGAUGUGGUCAUGCUGUUGAUGUUUUUAGUAAAUUAUAAGAAGCAAGAAUCUGCUAAUCCUUAUGUUGUGAAAUUAUCUAUACUAGAUGAUGAAUUAGCUUUAAAUGGGUAUGGACAAGUGAUUACGGCAGCUCUGAAUGACUAUGUGAUGUCAACAUUUGGUAGUAUGCAAGGGGGUGGAAGUGGAGGUGGUUGGCUCUCUUCCUUCACAAGUAUGGUUGGUGGGAUAUUUAUGACCAGUGAUGAGACACAACCAGUUAUCAGAGGUCAGAGGGGCAGUGGAGCUGAAGAAGGAAUGUUACUGGCAUUGUAUGAGGCAGCUCACUUGAAUCGCAACUUCAUGACGACACUGGCCCAUUCCUCGUCGGCUGCAGCUUCGUCAGCGCCGCCUUCGCCACCAGCUACAUUACCACCGCAUCAGACUCCGCCUAAUUUAAGUCAAAUCCAAGCUCUUGAUAAUGAGCAACCUACCAAUCUGCUAGUCACAUUCUUCCAAUAUUGUUCCAUUGUAAUGGCAGACACACGCAGCGAAGCUAGCAUCAAUAAAUGCAGUCUAUGUUUCAUAAUACUUACUUGUAUAGUGGAAGAACAGUUUGCAAAUUCUAUUAUGCAUGACCAGAAUCUUACUUUUAAGGUACAACUUUAUAGGCUCCCAAUGCGUCAUAGGAAAAUAGUUCUAGAAGAGCCACCAUCCCAGCCUCUUGCAUCUACCCUAAUAGAUCUUCUCGUCGAGUUCAUAAUGUGUCAUUUACUAAAGAAGUUUCCUGGGGAACUCUAUCAGUUGUGUAUAGGCGUGUUGCUGCGAUUACUUAGCUACCAAAAGCGAUGUCGCGUGAGACUCGCUAGAGACUGGCGACCGCUAUGGGCCGCACUGAUUGCCCUCUUAAAGUUCUUAGUUACCAACGAGAGUACUUUACUGCGGAGGCAUAACAUCUUCAUCAUGAUCCAACAGGUCGUGAACAUUUUCAACGUGUUUAUCACGUUUGGCGACACCUUUCUGCCGACCCCUGUAUCCUAUGACCAAUUGUACUACGAAUUAAUCCGAAUGCAUCAAGUAUUCGAUAAUCUCUUCUAUAUGGCUUUACGAUAUUCGACCAGUGAUGGUGAAUUUAAGGCAGAGGCGCUACGCCUUGCCAACUGUUUGGUGAAUGUUCGAGCUAUCAUACAACACUUUUCGCCUAAGAUUGAAGCCUGGCUGGCCAUGCAAAAUCUUUCCACACCCACUGAAGAUCAGAUUCUAGAGGUAGUCAGAAAGAACUAUGACAGUCUAAUCCUGAAGCUACAAGAAGGACUAGAAUCGUACGAGAGGUACUCAGAACGAGAACAUCGUCCCCUCCUGUCUCGUCUUGUGCUAGCUGCGCGGCAGAGGAGCGACAACUCGGCCUUACAUCACCACACCGCAGCUGCAUUGGAACAUUACACCAGCAUUUCCUGAAGGUAUUAAGUAUAUCACACCCACAAGGCGUACGAUACAACUGUUUACGACGCCCGUAAAAUCUUACGUCGAUAGAUUUUCAUAAUACUAUAAGGCUAGCGACGUUAACCUACAUUACUAAAAUUUAUGGCUGUUGUCAAGGUAAACGCACUUUUAUGUCAUUUAAAAUUUUGAAUAAAUAUGUGAUAAUAAAGUACCUAUCAGAAUUAGCUUCUCCUGGUUGUUUAUAUGCAACUGAUUGUUCAUGAAAUUAUGUACCCUCUUAUGUAUUAUUUACAUCUUUGUAAGCCUAGUCGUUACUAGCAUUUAAACUUUGUAGAAUACAGAAUGGCUAUAAAAUUAUAUCUUAAUUUUAAUAUAUCCUUUUUCAAACUUGUAAGGUCAUUAGAUGGCAUAGAUAGAUCAUAUCAAUGUGAAUCGAUGUCACUGAUAAUUGACAUGUAUUACCAAAGUUUAAAAUUAAUACCAGUUGUGACAAGAUUAAAGGAUAAAAAGAUAAUUUAAUGUAGUGCUAAUAUUUCUUUUACUAUAACUUAAAUAUCUAAGUUAAUUUUUAGUGUUGUAUUGUAAGGUAUUCCUAUAUUUUAUUUACUUAUUCUUGAAUGUUAUUUAAGGUUUAGUAUUUCUAUUUGGUUGUUGUAUGAACCGGAAUGAGCAUUAAAAACUUUAUUAAUCUAUAUUCGUAAAUAACAGGACUUUACCUGACUAUCAAUUCCAUGGUAAAAGAAAAUCUUGUUUGACAUAGUUUAAAGGUUCUGUAAACUACAAUACAAACAACGUGUGGUAUUUUAUGGCCUGAAACUGAGCUAAGCGGGCACCCGCGAUGGGCAACCGUCGCAUGUCUAUACGAUGUGCGGACGUGCGUCCACACACGUGUAGGCUCCGUGGGAUUUACGCAGUGUCGCUAGUUUAAUUUUAAUUAGGCCCGCCGCACAUACACGCCCUCACAGGUAGAUAACAAAAUAAAUUCAAUAGUAUUUGCAACCAGUAAUCACAAAUACCCAUAGAUGGAACAAUGGGACACUGAUAAGUAGGUGACAAUUGACAAUGCAGUUAGCAGGAAAUAUGAUAAGGGAUGACCUAUGUUCAUAAUUACUGCUAACUUCACCUAUCUAUCUAUUGUUUCCUUUCUCUACCUAUCUAUUGUUUUUUAUCUCCAUUGUUUAACGUGAGAAAUUACUGUUAUGAAUUCUUGAAAUUAAUUCUUAUCAUUUAAAACGUACCUAAUUGUGACAUUGUUAACAUUCUUUUGAACCACCCACCCUGCAUAGAAAGAUCACUUCUAUUCUUUGUAAGCAUUUAUUUGUGAAAACGUCACGUACACCUUUUUUUAAGGGGUGAAAAUCAUCCACGAGCGGGAGUGUCAGACUCUUACUGACUAAAAUCCACCCCGUUCCUACUCCUGCUUUUCGAGCCGGAGCCGUAAACCCGCUAGGUAAUCCGCAGUUCCGGAUCAAGCAUCAGCCCUACUGGACUCCAUCUGUGGUGGUCUGAUGGCUCUAUAUAUAUAUAUAUUAUAUAUAAUAUAUAUAUAUAGUACAUGAGAGACGCCGAUUGCUUACCAUCAGGUGGUCCGCCAGCUUGUUUAUCACCCAUCCUUCCAAGAUAAAUAAGUAUAAAUGGCGAAAUUGUACAUGUUACGUUUGUAAUAAAAAGACUUAAUAAAGUCCAUUUGCCUGGUUCCAUGCGUUACGGCCCGUGCCCAUGCGAAGUGCCCGUUUUACGCAGUUUCGGCCCUACCACCUGCAUAGUUAUGGCCAGUUAUGUUAAACAUAUUUUUUAGAUGCUUAUGCUUAGUGUACCUAUUUAUAUUAUUGGCCAUGUAUUUUUAGAAGUUAUUAUACUACAUAUUUAAACAGAAAUGUUUUAGAUUAUUUAGACAUUGUAACAGAUUAACAUUAAACAUUAAUGAAUUUGGAUAAAAGUGUGUAUGAGAGCGAAAAUAAUUUUGAUAUGUGUAUAUAGAGUUUUAAAAUGUGAAGUAUAUUAAAAUAGUUAUUAAUUUAAUAAAUUAUUUUUGUGGACAUA